ACAGGCGACCGGCGGUGGCGCGGGUCAGUCUGUCGGGCAACCGGUCGGUCUGUCGUUCCCUGCCUCGCUCUGUCCGCGCCACGUUUCACUCACGCGGUGUCUGAGUAUAAACGAUACAUCAAAGCGAACGCGAUACUCUGCGCUUUUCAUGUGUACGCGCGCGCACACAUCACGUAGUAGCGGUCGUAUUUUUCCCGCAGUGACGACACUCGCCCUUUCGAGUAUCUCGCGCACUUCAGGAAGUGUCCGGUACCUGACGUUGUCGCGCCCGCGCGCAUAGUUCCGUCCAAAUCACUACCGGUACUUCAAACACACCAAGUGUCAUCGGCUAGCCAUCGUCGUCAGCGACGUUUCAGUGUUGUUGUGCCUGGAAAGUCGUUCCGGCCGGGACCUUCUUUGGUUCCUUCCUGUGGCUCGAUCGUGCGUUUUACUGACCGUGCGAAAGCGCCGAUCGCGAUUGACCAAGCGACACAAUCAUUCCAGCAAUAAACGAGAGUGUGCACUUGCAUUCGCGUUCGCGCACAGUUCCUGUUAGCACAUCUUGGCUUCGCUCGCACGUGCACGUGUGGAAGUUACUGCGCGCGUGUAAUGUGCACCACUGCAGGUUGGAGCUGACGUUGAAGAGAAUGCUGACACCACUGCAUCAGUAUUGGCGUAUCGAGGAUAGAAAUCCGCACCGUCACUGCUACCAUCGUUGGCACCAUUGCCGCUCACGGCGCCCGUAAAAAAAGUGACGAGGUCGCGACAUCAAGGACCAGAGACGCUUAGAAACGCGCGUCUCAAAUUAGUUUAGUUCAUCGGUAGACCCCACGUGGCCCAGGAAGCAGCGCGCGAGGUAAUGUUGCUGGAGUCGCGAGGUCUCGCCGGUAGGAAGAGAAACGGACUGACACUGACCUCGUUCGGCGGUGGUGGCGGAGGCGGCGGCGGUGGCGGAGGCGGCGGUGGUGGCGGUGGCGGCGGAGGAGCCGGCAGCGAGGAGGACGACGAGGAAUCCCGACACCUCUACCUGGGCAGGAAGAUGCAGGGCGAGGGCACCGCCACCCCCGCGGUUCCCACCGGGUUAUCCGGAUGCGCUGGCGAUGAUGGUGACGAAAGCUCGAGUCCGUCGCCGAACAGCAGCCUCCUCAACAAUCUCAACAACAAUUGCAAUUCAAACCGGCAAUGCGCGACCGACUUCAGUAUCGCCGCAAUCAUGGCGCGGGAUUCACGACAGCAACAGAUGCAACAACAGCAGCAGCAGCAACAGCAGCAGCAGCAACAGCAGCAGCAGCAGCAGCAACAACAACAGCAUCAUCACAGGCAUCCGCAACAGCAGGCCGUCGGCGGCGGGAAACUGCACCAGCACGAAAGGGAAGCCAGCGGUUCAGGGGUAGUGCGCGGUGCUCCGCCAGUUCCGGAGACGAUCAAUGCGGAGGACGAGCCUGAAACCGACGAUACUGGCAGCACGAGCAGCAAAGGCAUCUCGCCGGUGAAUCCUCUCCUGCAGGAGCGCUCAAAUUGCGAAGAACUGAGACACGUAGUCUGCCACCUGGAAACGAAGGAUCUCUGGGACAAGUUCAAUGAGCUUGGCACGGAAAUGAUCAUCACAAAGACCGGCAGGCGAAUGUUUCCGACAUGUCGCGUCUCAUUCAACGGCCUGAAGGCGGACAGUCGAUAUGCCGUUCUGAUGGACAUCGUGCCAGUUGACAAUAAGAGAUAUCGAUACGCAUAUCACAGAAGCUGCUGGUUGGUGGCCGGUAAGGCUGACCCGCCAGCGCCAGCGCGGCUCUACGUCCACCCGGACUCGCCUUUCACGGGCGAACAACUCCGAAAGCAAGUUGUCUCUUUUGAGAAAGUCAAACUCACCAACAACGAUAUGGACAGGCAUGGGCAUCUGGUGCUGAACUCUAUGCACAAGUACCAGCCAAGGAUCCACCUGGUGAAGCGACCAGACUCAGGAACGGCGAAACCAAUUGUGGAUCUCGAGAAGGAACCGCACAAGACCUUUAUAUUCCCGGAGGCUAUAUUCACCGCUGUCACCGCCUAUCAGAAUCAGCUCAUCACGAAGCUCAAGAUCGACAGUAAUCCGUUCGCGAAGGGUUUUCGAGACUCUUCUCGUCUCACCGACUUCGAGAGUUUCCCUUUCAGGGAGACGAUGGAGUCGAUGCUGGCGGAGCAGCAGUCGCUGAGGUUUCCGCCUAGAUUGCCCUUUGAGAUGGAACAGCUCCAAGCUGGCACGGUCAGCAAUCUCAGCCUCGAAGAGAAGGCUUUAUGGGCGGCGCGUUCUCAAAUGUUGCUGAGAGCCGCGGCGGCUGUCGCCGUUAGUCCUUACGCUCAACUGGUCAGCCCGGCUUUGGUCUAUCCGGGUGCCUCGACGGCCAGCACUAGCCACCAGCAGCAGCAGCAACAGCACCAACAGCAGCAGCAGCAACAACUCGGCCACCUUUGGUGGGCUUCAUCCAUUGGGCCGACUCUCUUCGCCGCGGCACACCAUCAGCAGCAACUGGCCGCCUCCAGUUCCCAGCAGAAUCCGACGGGACCGGCAGCGCCGCGGCCGCUCUACCCGUCACCCCUCGCCCUGGCACAUCACCGAUUCUCACCCUACCACACAGCGACCGCCCCGAAAUCUUCGACGCCAGCCGCGCCCUCGCCGUCACCGUCCAGAAGAGCCACCCCAUCGCCCACAGACAGUCUCAGCAGGGAGGCGCAGGACCUGUCACCUUCGUAGUCGUUGGCUCCAUUAGGAAACUGCGUUGCGUCCUCCUCAUAGAGAACGAGAGACAUGGACUUCAGGUGGGCUUCGAGACUUUUUUAAACUCGAGGUCGCACCGCGCGCGGCGACAAUUGAUCGGUCUCUUUGAAAAGCACGUGCUUCCGAUAUGUUAUGUUUCGAACGUCUCGUGGCGUCUCGGACGGUGGCAAGGAAAAGGGACUGACGAAAUUCGAGGUUUCCCGCGGCCAAAGGGCAUAGUGACAAAUUCGUUCACGCGUUUGCGAGACGCACGGUUCAUUAAAGGUGUCACUUACGAGAAUCACAUUCGCAGUCGUACAAUAUACUCCUUCUUCAUGAAGACACGGCGAGAGUUCAAUGGCGCGACGAAGAUGGAUUUCAUCCAUUGUGACACUUGUCUAAUCUAAAACUUCUUCUUUUUCCCUAUGAUCGCAGUUUAUAAAUUAUAGGACCUUGAAAACCGCAGGAUUUCUUUCUUUUCCUCUUUCUCUAUUAUUUUCUUUUAAUUAGACGUGCAAUGCCUAUCGAAUGGUGACUUGGAAUUCCGAAGGAAUUAAUUCCCGUUCGGUAAGAAUACAAGAUGACUGUAUAAGAAAAUAUUUCCAUUUAUAUAUAUGUAAUGUGAUAAAAAAACCUUGUGUGAAAAGUCACGUGAAGCGAAGAUCGAUUCUUUUCGCGCGCUUUGAAUGCGAACGUAAGAGAACGCGUAACUUGACGAAAGAAUUCACCUUGCGAACCCUUUCGUGUGACGUGUCAUGUGUAACACGAUGUCCGAAAGGAGAGGAAAUGGCAUCGGCAGGAUGUCGCCGCGGAACCGGGCGAUAUCGACCGAAAGCCGCAGUACCCAGCAUGAAUAGCGACGAUAAUUGUGGUGUCAAAGGUUCUCGACGUUCGCGCGGUCGAAUUGGCAUCGAACCGGCAUUGCAUUUUGUCCUUCUCACGCUAUUACAAGGAGAGAAGUGUAAACGAACGGGAAAGAAAAGUAACGUAAGGCUAUCGCCGCGAGUCUUUGAAUGCUGGUCGCCUCUCGCGACUGAACUCUCGACCUUUGGCGAACAUGGUGGCAAGUACAGAGGAUUCGUGCCCUCUCACGUGACUCGACAAUUCCGUUGUCUCCCGACUGGACUUUCUGGGGCCGAGAGAGGCGCCGGGUCUCUACUCUAUAGUAUAUAUAUAUAUAUAUCUAUGCCCCGAUCGACGAUCGGAAGCGAUAAGGCUGAGCCGCCAUUUUGGUAGUCGGGCAUCGUUGCGUUUACGAAUGCAUUGCUACGAAGUUGUUAGGAAAAAAUGUUGCACGAGAAAGGGUAGAAAUGAAUCUAUUACACUUACAGAAAACGCUGAGAGGUGGUUAAUGAGAUAUUGUAUUGUAUAAAUUUCUUUUUUAAACUUUUACGCGAGAUGUAUAUCCUUUGACGACAAACACACGCACGCACGCACACACACACACACACACACACACACACACACAUAACACACCACGCUCAAAGCAUACGGGUAUAUAUUUAUUUUUCGCAACAAUUUUUAAAGCGAGCCUAUAAAGAGGCGCGUAUAUAUUCAAUUAAAUAAUUUAUCUUCUAGUCGAAUGAUUUAUUAAUUGAGCAAAUUGCUCACAUCGCGUUGCAAUUUGUUGAUUAUUUUUCUUUCUUCGUAAAUAUCUAAAACCUUGGCAAGGAACACCUUGUUAACGAUGAUUCAGGAAAUAUGGAAAUUUUUUUGAUAAUGGAUAUAAUUUCAGUCUGAUUAUAUCCGUCAAAAAGUUUUGUAUUACACAACAAUUUUUCGCUGUACGUCGUCAGAAUUACUUUUUUGCAAAUGUGUAUUUUUGUACGGGAGGGACGUCAUUGAUUUAAUCACAUCACAUUUUCUGAAAGGAUACAAAAUGAAUGAGCGAGGGGGCGCACAAAAAAAAUACAGACGUUGUAAAUAUGUAACCAAUCUGGUUCUCGAAGCGGCAUAAUUACCGGACAUAAUACACGCAUAUGCAUCCAUAAGAGCAAGUAAGUUGUACGACGACUACCUGUAUAUAGAUAUACAUAUACUCAGUCGCGACGCGCGUAAAAAAAUAAAAACUGCGCCACUAUCUCUUGUAACAUAAGUUGUAUAUUUCGUAUUACGAGCCUACUGUUAUCGUUAUUUAUGUUUCGAUUCCGCACUUGCCGAAGCGGGGAAAACGCAAAAUGAGCGCGUUCGAACGCGAAGCGCAUGAUCCGGAAAACCGACGUUCCUGCCAAAAAUCUACCACAGAGACUUUUUAUACUUAAACGUAAAUUUCAUCUUCUUCCAAGCCUUUUAAUUACAUCCAAACCAACCACGUGGCCGGGAAGGAAGAAAAAGAAAAAUUGAAACGAGAGAUUCGAAAAUCUCGAUGUAACUAACGAUUGGUUGAUCCAACAACUGACAAGUUCCCAAAAUUUUAAUAUCCCUAUUGAUAUAAAAAAUCCUCCUGAGAUGAAGAUUCUCAAAAGGAAGGUGAUCAACGAAUGUCCGUUUCGGGAUUCCGAAGGACAGAGAAAAUGCAUGUGCGGGCGCGUUCUUCGUGCGUUCUUCGCGAGCGCCUAAAUGAUUAUUAUCGCCGCGGCGACUAUCUUUAGUGUAGAGUGUUAUAUUGUUAAUGCUUGUGUUGUGAAGACGCAUACACCUAUUGCUGUGCAAGCUGCUCCCUUGUAAAUAAACCCUAAUAAACUCUUGUACCGAACACAU